GAGAGCAUGGCCAUCAUCCUUGGCAUCUGCCUUCGCCUUGCAGGCAGCACUCGGCAGCUGGACUGUGUUCACAGCACGGCCACAGCAACGCUGCGGCAAGCCAUAGCGCUCAUCUUCGACAGAGCUGCCAGCAGCGAGGGCCUGCCGGUGCAAUCUGCCCCCCGCCAGGCCAACCGUGUGUGGAACACCUCCGAGCCGGGCGACAUCAGCCGCAUCGUCAUGGCCUCCAGGGCGACGGAGGGCGAGGGGGCGGGGCGGGGGGUGGGGGAGGAGCUGGAGACGGUGGUGCUCAAGGAGCGCGUGGACGACCUCUCACCCGCAGCCCGCAUGGGCCUCCGCCUGCUCGAGGAUCUCGCCGCUCUCGCUGCGGGCCAACAGGCGCAGUGGCUGCACGUGCCGUCACUGCAGCGCACGUUCGCCCUGGAGAUGCUGGAGUACGUCGUGUCCCACUAUGCCACGCUCUUCCGCCGCCUCACUCCCUACCAGCAGGUGCUGCAGCACAAGCUCUGUGCACUCGUGAUGACGUCACUGCGCUCCACAGGCUCUGAGGAGGGGGAUGUGGGCGAGCCAGGGUACCGGCGGUUGGUGCUGCGCUGUGUGGCCACUCUCGUGCGGCAGCACCACGCUCAGCUCACCACUGAGUGCGAGGUGUUUCUGCUGAUGCUGGUGAAGAGCGUGGACCAGGACCUGCCUCUCUGGCACCGCAUCCUCGUGCUUGAAGUGCUCCGGGGCUUCUGCGUGGAGCCAGGGACCCUUCAACUCAUAUUCAACCUGUUUGACAUGCAGCCGGGCAACAGCAGCAUAGUGGAGGAGAUGGCAGUGGCGCUGGCACACGUGGUGCAGAGCGUGCAGGUGCCGGACUCCAGUGAGGAGAGUCUAGCUGCAGUUGCCGGCAUGUUCAGCAGCAAGGCCAGAGGGGUGGAGUGGUCGAUGGACUUUGACUGGGCGGGCAACGCAGUGGUGGCGGCCAGUGAGGCGCACGCCAUAACGCUGGCGGUGGAGGGGCUGCUGGGCAUCGUCUUCACCAUCGCUCUGCUCACCGACGAGGCCAUGGAUGACUCACACCCGCACUCCGCCUCACCUCCCAAGUCCCCUCUCGCACCGCGCAAGCAACCUGAUGCUCAGACCGUUGCCCAGGGCGGUGGGGCUGCUGCAACAGACGGUGCUUCAGGGGUUGGUGGGCGCCAGGGUGAGGAGGGGGCAUCACCUGUAAGCCCUCCCUCCCCACGGGUGCCAGGCAAGCACCCUGCCUUGCUGGCUGAGUCCGACUCCCAUGCGCCCUCCCCAGGGCUCACUCGCGGCCUGCUGGCCCUGCUGGGCGGCAUGCAGGAGGAGGGCGAUGGGAGCGAGUGGGUGAAGAAAGGAGCUCAGGAUGAUGAGGAUGCGGAGAGCAGGGGCGGCAGUGCAGAGGGGCGGGUGCGCGGAGCACUGGAGGAGCUGUGUGUGCGCAUGGUGGAUGCCGUGUGGAAGACCGUCCUCGAUGCUCUCUCCAUCAUUCUUGCCCGGUCACAGGGCGAGGCUGUCAUUCUGGAGAUUCUUAGGGCAUACCAGGCGUUCACCCAGGCAUGUGGCGCGUUGGACCUGGUGGACCCGCGGGACGAGUUCCUCGCAUCGCUGUGUCGCUUCACCCUCGUCGCCUCGCCAUCCAUGACCACCAUGGCGCCCCCCGGCCAGCCCUUUGACUCCGACCGCUUCCAACUGCCCUCCUCCCCGUCAAGCGCGUACCUGUCGCCCAUGAGGUCGCUGGAUGCACUGCUGGGCGUGGAGUCACGGGGGGACCUGCUCGCCUCUACCAUGGGCUCCGCUGCUGCCGCCUCUGCUGCUGCCCUGGGGCAGGGCGUGCCCGUGCUCACCCCCAAGAACAUGCAUGCCCUGCGCACCCUCUUCAAUGUCUCCCACCGCCUCUGCGCCGUGCUUGGACCGUCCUGGGAACUGGUGAUGGAGACUCUGGCUGCCCUCGACCGCACCAUCCAUUCGCCAUACGCCACCAGCCAGGACGUAUCCACAUCAGCAUCAACGCCAUCAGCAGGGUCGCGCGGGUCCAAGGAGCUCACAGGCGCGCCCUCCUCACUGCAGUCCGACUUCUCCGUGCUCGCCACCCUCGAUGCACAGCUGUUCCAGAGCACGGCCCACAUGGACACCCCAGCCGUGCUCGCCCUGCUGGCGGCCCUGCGAGUCGUGUCCAACCGCGCGCUGCACUCCGUCACCACCGGCCUCGGCAUCGCUGCCUCGGGCUCCUCUGCUGCUGCUGCCGCCGCUGGCACGUCUGCUGCUGCUGCGGCGGUGGCGUCUCCUCUCACCACGGGCGCGCUGCCGUCCACGCUCAAGAUGUUUGCCGUGGAGCGCAUGCUCUCUGUGCUCACCCACAACAUGCACCGAAUGGACCUUAUCUGGGAUGCCAUCCUGUUGCACCUGCUCGAGCUGUCCGUCCACGAGAGCGCAGGCGUGCGGGCGGUGGCGGUGGAUGCCAUCGACCGCGCCGUCAUGGCCGCCCUCUCCUCGCCCUCGCUGCACCGCCGCUCCUCCACCUCCUCCUCCUCCGCCCUCACCACCGCCGCAGCCUCUUCACAGGCCACUGAGGAGCAGCAGGGGGCGGAGGUUUGUCGGAAAGUUGGACAGGAGGGGGGCGAGGAGAGGGAGGGGCAGAAGGGGGAGGGCGAGGGGGAGGGGCGGGGAGAGGUGGCGCUGGAGGAGAUGGUGGUGGGCGCUGUGAGCUCCCUGUGGCGCGAUGGGCACGAUGCAGAGGUGAAGGCAGGCGCCCUGCGCAUCCUGCUGCACAUGCUGGAGGUGAGUACGGCACAAUCCAUUAGCACAGUGUGCAUGUGCUGCUUGAUUCCCCACCUGCGUGGGCUUGUCAUCUGCAUUGCCCCUCCCAUCACUGCCUGUCUGCAGCGCCAUGGGGAGAAGCUGCACUCCACAUGGCCCACUGUUCUCCACCUCCUAAGGAUGGUAGCAGAGACGAAUGACAAGGACCUCGUGGGCCUUGCCUUCCAGAGUGAGCUGGUGGUGGUCAACGACUGCCUCUCCUCCAUUCCGCCUCACACCCUUCAACUGUGUGUGGAGGUGGUGGGGGCGUUUGCGGGGCAAGUGGCGGAUGUGAACAUCUCUCUCACGUCCGUGGGGCUGCUCUGGACCAUGGCUGACUUCUUUGCUCGAGGCCUCGACCAUGCCACCACCACACACCGCACUGCCACCUAUGCAGGGGGGACCAAACGGGGAGAGGGGGGUGAAGGGACCGAGGUGGGCGGAGGGCAGGGGAGGGGAUCCGGCAGCGGGAGGAUGCUGGACGAGCGGAGCAGCGCACUGCUGCUGGCGGUGCUGUGUGUGAUGGAGGCGCGUGCCAAGGACGGGCGGCCGGAGGUGCGCAACGCGGCCAUGCGCACGCUGUUCCAGACGGUGGUCAGCCACGGCGCCAAGCUGCCGCCCGCCUUGUGGCGCCACUGCCUCUGGGACCUCAUCUUCCCCCUCAUCGACUCCGUGCGCUCCCUUGCGGCCACGGCAUCGAGAGACGAGGCGCCGGGGACGGAAAUAGGGCGGCAGGGGGGGAGGAGUGUGAUGAUGCUGGUGCACCACAGUCGCAACACGGCGCAGAAGCAGUGGGAUGAGACGCUCGUCAUGGCGCUCAACGGCCUUGCCCGCCUCAUUCGUGCCUUCUUCCCACUGCUGCAUACCAUGGACAACUUCCGGGAAGUGUGGGGUGCACUGCUGCAGUUCGUGGAGGAGGGCGUGCUGACCGGCAGCCGAGAAGUCAGUUCUGCUGCUGCCAGCACCCUGCAGACCAUCAUGCUCACACAUGCCACCAAGGGCAGCAUCCCGCGGCACUACUGGGACAGCAGCAUGGACGCGUACGAGCUGCUGCUGCGCGACAGCACGGCGCCGGCGUCCGUGGUGGCGGUACGCACGCGGCAGAAGCUGGUGGAGGACCUGGGCGAGGUGUACAGCACGGCGGGCCUCGCCUUUGAGGACGACGACUACCUGCGCCUGCUCGCCUGUGUGGACGUCAUGGCCCGCUGCCCCGUGCUGCCCUCCGAACCCCCUCCCCUCGCUGGCACGCUGCCCCAGGUGCAGCGCACGGUGCUGGAGGUGCUGCCGCGCGUGCAGCCCUCUGCGCACGCGCAUCUGUGGCCCGCGCUGCUGCAGCAGCUGCUCGCCUACCUGCCGGGCGGGGACCGCCUGCUCUGCCCGCACUGCCGCGUGCCGCCGCGCUUCCUGUCCGAGGCCACGCAACGCCACGCCCCAAAGGUUUCCCUGGGUGGCGUUGCAGGGGGUGUGGAUGGCACGGGAGGGGACAGCGGUGUUGGUGAAGGGAGAGGAGGGGGAGGAGGAAACGAUGGUGGGGAUGCGGGCGAAGCAGGCAGCGAGGAAAUCGAUAGUCAAGGAGGGGACGCAGGAGGUGCCACACAAGCUGCCGGCAACGGCAGUAGCAGCCGGACGACAUCAUUCGGCCUAUCUCUGGGCGGCAAGGUGCAGCUGUUUGCGCCAGCAGCGGUGUACGUGCCGACAUCAGGCAACCCCACGGGGUCGUUCAUGCUGAGCUACCCCGUCACGGCGCCCGGCGCCCUCUCACCCGCACUGCAGGACCGCGUGGUGGCGCUGCUGCUGGAGCUCUUCCUCAACGCGCCCCCAGAGGCCCGAGACACCGUCCUGCCCGACCUCGUUGCUGCUCUCGGCAGAUGCGCCCUCGUUAUCUCUGCUUAUCCAUUCGUUUCAUUCUCAUUCACUCGUCGUGCUUACCACGUGCUUCUCCCCACCAUGUUCUCCCCACCAUGUUCUCCCCACCAUGUUCUCCCCACCAUGUUCUCCCCACCAUGUUCUCCCCACCAUGUUCUCCCCACCAUGUUCUCCCCACCAUGUUCUCCCCACCAUGUUCUCCCCACCAUGUUCUCCCCACCAUGUUCUCCCCACCAUGUUCUCCCCACCAUGUUCUUCCCACCAUGUUCUCCCCGCUGCACCCUUGCACGCCACAGGUGUAUGCUCAUCCGCCGCACCUCGCCUGACCUUCAGCUGUGGCGCACGGCCGUGGCCACGCUCUCAGACAUCCUUAAACACGCCCUCCCGCCUGACCCCCCUCUCACAACACACGCCAAUCACACCUCUCCUUCAGACCCUCUGGCUCCUCCUGCACGCCCAUCCUCACCCACGCAUGCCUCUUCCACACACCACCACACCAAGCACCAGCAUGAGCCACAUAAGGAAGUUGCCAAGGAGGGCAACGGUGCAGUGGGCGGCAGCAGUGAGGGGGGGGGAGCACGGCAGCGCAUGUGGCAGGAGCUGGCGGCGGUGGUGGAGCAGUUCGUGCUCGGCACAUGCGGCACCACCCUGCUCGCAGACCUCCCCUCCCCGGCGCCCCAGCCCUCGCCAGCACCACCCCCAGGCCAUUCCCCCCGACGCUCCCCCAGAGUGGGGGGAGGGGAGGGCGCAGGGGGCAGUCCGCGGAGAAGAGCUGCUCCUGGCAGCGGCGGUGGCAGCGGGGCAGGGCGGGCACCAGGGGCCGGGGGAGCAGCCGUGCCUGCUGGGAGGGGGGCGGGGGAGGCAGAGAGCAGUGACUGGGGCACAGGCAGCGAGGGGAGGGGCGGAGGAGGCGCGGGCAGCAGUGGGUGGGCGGGGGAGGCGGGGUCGACACGGGGAGUGUCGGAGCUGCUUACUCGCGAGGUGGUGGAGGCGGAUGAGAUGCUGGAGGCGCUCUUCCUUGACACCCUCUGCACCCGCGUGCUCACCCACUGCUAUGACGCCCCCCACAAGGUGCCCACUGCCAUGACGCCCCCCAUAAGCAACACCCCUGCACCUCUGCUGCUCUAUCUCCCACGUGACCCCUCUGAUCUGAACCGUGCAGGAGAGGGAGCGGCUGGUGGCAGUGCUGGAUGCGUGUGCUGCACGCACCAGCGCGCUGCCCCUGGCUGCUGCGGCAGCGCUGCCAACCCACUGCGCGCGCUUCUCCCUCGCCUGCCUCUCCCGCCUCUUCAUGCUCGCCGGGUGGGUGCCUCUCCGCCUUGUUGCUCGCCGCCACCCUUUUUUGCCUGCCAACGUGCUCGACUCAUGGCAUCUCUCUCAAUGCACUAA